GAUAUUUUUCGCUCUGUUUCUCACAUUAGUAUACAGUCUAUAGUAUUUGUGCUCUGGUUUUUGCUUCCCUGAAAAAAGUUGGUUCUUUUAUUGAUUUUCUGCUACUCAAAAGACCCAAAACCAACGAAUCUUUUACCCAGAAAUCAUGGGUUUCUGUUGAAAUUUAAUAAAAGAAGAAGCUUGAAGUUAAUUAGAAGAGAUCCUUUCCCUUGGUUUCUUUAAAGCGUUGAAGGGUCGUGUUUUUUGGGCAAAAGAGAGAAGAAAACCUGUUUCUUCAUUGUUGAUCAAAGCAUAGUAGGCUUGAGUUUUCUUUAAGUUUUAAAGGAAGAAAACAUAAUUUAACUUUUUUUAAAGGGUAAUAUACAGAUAAACCGGUGACCGGAAAAGAGUUGAAUUGUUCAACAAUGUCAACCCCAGCAAGAGUUUGAUCUUAAUUCUAUUCCUUUUCUGUUUCCUUAAAUUUAGCUGUCCAAGCGUCAAAAUUUAGAAUUUCUCUCGAGUCUCAAAUUCCCAUCGUAUAACCAAAUCCGCGACAAUCUCUCUCCUCCUCUCUCUCCCUUGUUCUACCCUUCGUUUUGUGUUUUUCUUUUCUUUUCUUUUUUUGAGGUUCCUCUGUUUUCAGGGUUGAGUUAGAGAGACAAAAAGAAACAAGAAAAAAAACAAGACAAACAAGCCAAGCUCUCUCUCUCCGGUCUCCUUUGGUCGGAAAUCAUGAUUUUUGAAACAGGGUCGGCGCAAUCUAACCUUGCCUGCUUCCUCCAUUGCACCACUCCAACCGUCAAAUCCCAAUUCCUCCCCAAGAGUGAAAUAAGGAACCUUAAUCGUUUAUGGCACCCUUGGGAAAGAAAAAAGGUCGAAUAUUUCACAUUGGGUGAUCUUUGGAAUUGUUACGAUGAGUGGAGCGCGUAUGGUGCCGGCGUUCCCAUCGUCUUAAACAACGGCGAAACCUUAGUCCAAUACUACGUUCCUUAUCUCUCCGCCAUUCAAAUCUUCACCAGCGACUCUUCGGUCAACAGCUUCCGGGAGGAGUCCGAAUCCGGUGAUUGCGAGAGGGAUUCGUUUAGUGAUUCAUUGAGUGAUGAGAACGAGAGUGAUAAAUUAUGGAGAUGGGACGGAUGCUCGUCGGAGGAAGGCGGCUCCGAGCACGACAGCCUUUGGCAUGUGAAUAAUAGGUUGGGUUACCUUUACUUUCAGUAUUUCGAGCGAUCAACUCCUUAUGGAAGAGUUCCACUCAUGGAUAAGAUUAAUGGAUUAUCGAGAAGAUACCCUGGUUUGAUGUCACUGAGGAGCGUAGAUCUUUCGCCGGCUAGUUGGAUGGCUGUUUCCUGGUACCCGAUUUAUCACAUUCCCAUGGGAAGGACCAUAAAAGACUUGUCGACGUGCUUCCUUACGUAUCACACUCUAUCAUCUUCUUUCCAAGAUAUGGACCUGGAAGAUGACAUCGAGAGUCCCGAAAGGAAGCGAAAGGAAGGGGAAGGCGUCUCCCUUCCACCGUUCGGCUUGGCAACUUACAAGAUGCAAGGAAACGUGUGGGUCUCGGGCAACUCCGGACGGGACCAACAAAGACUGGUGUCGCUCUUAAGCGUUGCGGAUUCAUGGCUGAAGCAACUUAGAGUGCAGCACCAUGACUUCAACUUCUUCACCAGAAUUCCACGUGGCUAGUCCUUUUAACUAGACUUGCAGUAGCUUUUCUCUUUGAGAACCCCAUGAAAGUGAGACUGAUCACUAAUUACCAAAACAAAACAAAAAAAAGAAGAAAAAAAAAAGCUUUUAUCGGUUUUAA